CUCAAAUAGUCAAAUACCAAUCAAAGCAAUUUAAAAAAAAAGUUGUGUAAACGAUCUUAUUAUUAUUGUUUUGCUACGAAUUAUUUGUUUUAUUACGUGAACUACACAAAAUAUGUCCGCAAAAUAAGUAGAUAAGUUACAAUAGAACUUCCAUUAACACAUCAAAACAGUCAAAACUCAAUAAAAUUGUGAAAUUACGGUGAUGUAAACAGAUUUAUAAACAGUGUAGUUCAACAACAAAAAUUUUAAUCGGUUGAAAUGUUACCGAUUUUGAUGUAUAAUAAUAUGGAAGGGAGUUCUAAUUCGUUGAAUAAUACGCCUAAUACUAGUUUUAAUCAAUAUGAUGAUAGUAUUAUUUUGAAUUGUGUUAGAAAUCGUAAGAAAGUGACGGAAUUACCGAAUUGUCCGGUCUGCAGUUGUACUAUUAGACAAGGGGAAUUGGACUCUCAUUUAAGUUUGGAAGUGGAGAGAUUGCAGAAAUUGUCCGGAAGUGGGUCUAAAAGGAAGCUUAGUGUUAAUUCUAGUGCUAACCUAGCUGUGCCUGGAUCUAGUACUAGCCAAGAUGUUCUUGAAGAUGAAGUAGACGUAUCCGGCUGUUUGGGCAGCGAUGUUUACCAACGGGUACACGCUAACCGUCUACGACGUCUCCGAGCCCGUCGUAGGAGCACCCCGCCCCUUCAACAAGGAGAGUGUCCCGUUUGUAACACCUCACUGCCUGUCUCGAGACUGCAGAGGCACGCACUACGAUGUCUGAAGCGGACGGGCGCUGAAUUGGAUGAGGAUGUACCGGAUACCAGUUCCGAAGAAGGCAGCAUUGAUGUGGAGAAUGAUGAGCCGUCCGGCGGUGGUUUCGGAGCGGAAUACCAGUGGUGCGGCGAAUGGCGAGUGCGGGCCACGGCUUUACAAGACUCGGAGGCGAGAGACGCCACUUGUGUCCGGAGAGCUUCCAACGAUCAGGCUUUGGUGGUCGAUGGCGAUGAAGAUACUGAAUUAUAUGGUCCACCUCAAUAUUCCCCGUCUAGGAUAGCUCCCGAUGCAGAUUUAUCAAUAGAUGUGCCGACGGAAGCACAGACGGACAGUCAGACUGAAGCGGGAGAGAGCUCGGAGACAGAACGACAAGUGGCGACACCUAGCCACAAAUGUAACGGACUAGUCGAGGCUAGUGCUGAAACUAGAAUCCAGGCGUUGAAAGCUAGAAUAAAAGAAUUGGAAAGAAAAGCGAAUGGCGGUGGAGAGAUGAAAUGUCUGAUAUGCUUGGAGCAGUAUACCUCGCCGACUGUCUCCAUACAAUGCUGGCAUGUCUACUGUGAAGUAUGCUGGUUACAGUCGCUUCGAGCUAAGAAAAUUUGCCCACAAUGCAACGCUAUCACCACUGCUCAACAUCUCAGAAGAAUAUACAUGUAAUAACAUUCAUAUUAUCACUGUUGGAAUAAGUUCCUUCUCUACAUAAGAGGGGUUUGCCACAAUCUCCGCAGGCAGGCGGGUUGGAGAUUACAGCAUAUAAUUACGCGGGUAUUAAAGCGAAAAAUAAGUAUUUAAAAACCUUGG